CAAAUCCGUCAUGAAGAUUCCGCCACCGCAGCAGCUCCACUCACUGUCGCACUUGUUUAUUUUCCAGGGGAACUUUUAGGAGCUGGCGAGCUGCACCACAACCCACACUGGAAUAAGCCAUGGCUCGUCUGGUGGCAGUGUGCAGGGAAGGGGAAGAGGACUACCCGUUCCUCGCCAGACAAAUCCCCCUGUAUAUCGAUGAUACUCUCACGAUGGUGAUGGAAUUUUCUGAUUGUAUCGUGGAUGUUGACAGCCACGAAAUAAACCUUUCUCAAUGGAAACAAUUUUCUGAGUAUCACUCCAAGCUGAAGCAACAGGACUUGAAUAUCGCCAUGAUGGUGACAUCCAGAGAGGUCUACAGUGCAUUAUCUCAGCUGGUGCCAUGCGUGGGCUGCAGACGAAGUGUGGAGCGCCUCUUCUCACAUCUGGUGGAAUCAGGGAACCCGGCUCUGGAGCCUCUCACAGUGAAACCCACAGGCAUGCUCUCUGUCACCAAGGCCUGUUUAGCAGAUGUGAAGAAGCUUCACACUCUCUUCUAUGUUCACGGGUCAAAGUUAAAUGACAUGAUUGAUGCCAUUCCGAAAAGUAAAAAGAACAAGAGGUGCCAGUUACACUCCUUAGACACACACAAGCCUAAGCCCUUGGGGGGGAGCUGGAUGGAUGUAUGGGAGCUUAUGUCUCAGGAGUGCAGGGAUGAGGUGGUCCUCAUUGAUAGUGCCUGUCUCCUAGAGACGCUGGAGACAUACUUGCGUAAACACAGGUUCUGCACUGACUGUAAGAAUAAAGUGCUGAGAGCGUACAACAUCCUGGUGGGGGAGUUGGACUGCACUAAAGAGAAGGGCUACUGUGCUGCCUUGUAUGAAGGACUAUGCUGUUGUCCUCAUGAGCGCCACAUCCAUGUGUGCUGCGAAACAGACUUCAUCGCUCACCUGCUUGGCCGGGCAGAGCCCGAGUUUGCAGGCGGUUAUGAACGCAGAGAGAGACAUGCCAAGACCAUUGACAUUGCACAAGAGGAGGUCUUGACUUGUCUGGGUAUACAUCUCUAUGAGCGUCUGCACAGGAUCUGGCAGAAACUACGAGCUGAGGAGCAGACAUGGCAGAUAUUGUUCCAUUUGGGAAUUGAUGCACUACGCAGAAGUUUUGAGAUGGCAGUGGAGAAGAUGCAGGGGAUCAGUCGGCUAGAGCAGUUCGUCGAGGAGCUGUCUGAAGAGGAGAGAGCCAAAGAGCUGAAGCAGGAGAAAAAGAGGCAAAAGAAAAAAAAUCGCCGCAAAAACAAGUGUGGUGAACAGGAGUCAGAGGACAAGGACAAAAAUCUGGAUGAGGGUUCUAUUGAGGCUGUGAAAGACAGUUGCAAGGUCUGUGGUAGCCACGGUGAGGAGGAGGAGGAGAUGGCCAGGUGUGAGGAGGGCAUCGCUGCCAACGGAAGUACUUCCUGUAACUGCUCAGACGACACCAAACAAGAUUUGUCCACCCACAGCAAUGGCAGUGACUGCGGCUACUCUUCAAGCAUGGAGGGCAGUGACAUAGGUUCACGAGAAGGCUCCGACGUAGCCUGUUCUGAGGGGAUGUGCAACCAUCACGAAGCAGGAGAAGAGCCGACUGUCCAUCACUGUGCUGAAGACAAGGAGGAGGAUGGGAUAGACAGUUGUCUGGACUGCUGGCAGCACUCUGAGGGAAACGCUCAAUGCAAGAGUAAAAAAAAGAAAAGGAAGGGAAAGGGUUUAUGCAAUGAUCAGGGACUAAAAUGUGAAGGCUGUGUGUCAGCUGGGAACACAACAGGCCACGGUCCACCAUCAUCUCACACUUGCCGAACCAAAGAACUCCUCUCCUCCUUAUGUGGCAGUACAUUUUCCAGCAUUGCACUACGGUUACCAUGGGCGGCAGUACAUCAAAAGAGCCUCAGCCCUCACACAAGUCUUGUGGAACUUCUGGAUGAUUCAGAGUUGAGUUCCGAUGAAGGGAACUGUCUGACGCAGGACGAAAUCCAGGCAUUUCUAGAAAGUAACCAAUCCUUCUACAACAACCGCCACCAGUACCGUCAGCUUCUGAAAGAGAAAUUCACCAACUACUGCCUCGUCACUGAGCGGAGUAAGCCAGUGUGUGGAAAGUGGUUUGCCACCACCACCAGUGUCACCUAACUGCACUACUGACAUCUUCCCCUGGGAGAAACACGACCACUGCUGCAACACGUUUAGAAAAGUUAAAAUCUUGACUUAUAUUUGGUGUCUUGUACACUCAUUUCUCCUUCAGAGUAAAUGUAAUUCUUACUUUCUGUUGGGCACCUCUCUCUUUUGCACUCGUAGACCAACACACGUUGCUGUUCAUUUCUCGACCGCUCUCAUCUGUAAUUGUUCACUUUGACCAAGCCUAGCUGUUUGUUGUUGGUCUCCUGUAGGGUUGUUGGGUAAGAGCUCAGUGGAAUCUGUAAUCAUGCUUUGCAAACUGUGAAAUUGGGAAUACGUUUUUUUGGAGUCUUGUGUUUGUUUUUUCUUUUUUUCUUUCUUUUUUUGUUUUCUAUAAUUUGUCAUUGGUUACACGUCAGUGUAGUGGUAAAGGUUGUACCAUUUAAUGUGUACAGAAAUUCUAAAUUUAAAGAUUUUACAGAGAAUAAACAUCCGUUUGUAAUAAUGAAUUGGGUGUGAUGUUAAGAGCGCAAUGUUCAAAAUUUACUAAAUAAAGAAUAUUUAUUAGUAUGCAUAUA